GACGAUGACCUGUUGAUUUGUCUGAUUUCUUCAUCAGGUUAAAUGCACCUGGCAGCCUAUCGAGAUUAGUCGUCGCUAAGUUAUCUGCUAUGCUCUUGGAAAUGAUUGUUUGGCUUACUAUGCUGAGUGCUACUGGAAAAAUAGUGUGGCUUUUGAAAUGUGCUCUAAUACCAAUAUGUCACCACUGCAAAAGUAAUGAUGUACAGCUAUUAACACAACUAAGUGGAAAAGUAAGAGAAUGUAAGUGUAAAAACAAAAGUCUCUCUUGAGAUUUUUUUAUUGUAGGCUAAUUAGUCGGGGGUUUUGUGAGAGGAGGUUUACUUGGCGGUGUCGGGUUUCAUUUCCCGACUGAUUUCAGUUCCGCUCGGUUCUGUUUUGGUUCUGUGGUGAAGCUCUAACUUAAUGCUGUGGCAGCGAAGGUCUCUCCAAACUCUGAAAUGUGACUAACCUUGACGGGUUGUUGUUGCGAACAGACAGGCUGGACAUAUUUUCUCAUGCUCAGGGCGGACUGCCAGGUGCAGAACACUGACUUAUCGGCUUAAAACUGAAAAGAUGAAAACCAAGAGGGACGACAUCAUUUUUCAGACUCUCCUCUUGAUCCACAUCCCUGUGGCUUGCUUCUUCACUGCAGUGUCAUGUCAGGCUGAGAGCAGCAGCGUGGUUGUGGCAGGUUAUAAUGUGAGCUCCCGCGCUGGUUCAAAGCUGGUGCUGCAGUGUGUGAGCAGCCGGAUGGUGUGGACCAGGGACAGGGUGAGAGACAGGCAGAGGGUGAUCCACUGGGAUAUGUACCGGGCUUAUCCGGACUACGCCAUGGAAAGGGUAGUGGACAUGUUCUCGGCAGGAGAACAAAGGAUGUACAACUCCUACAAUCUGGGCAGGGUUGGUCUCAACCCGACAGCCUUCAAAGAUGGAAACUUCUCCCUGGUUAUCAAAGAUGUGACGAUGAAUGACCGAGGUCUGUACUCCUGCAACCUCCACCAUCUCUACUGCAACCUUUACGAGACACUCAGAGUUCAGCUCAAUGUCACUAAAUCACGCCGUAAAGAACAGCGAUACUGGGAUGGGCAUAAGGCCGUGUACGUGGUGCUGCUUGGGAGCACUGCAGUGCUGCCGUGCAUCAACCGACGUAGUGUGUGGACAGACUGGAGCGACGAGGAGGAGGAUCAGCAGGUGGUUCACUGGGACCGUCAGGCUCCAGGAAUUUCCCAUGACCGAGCUGACCGGCUUGUGGACCUGUACGCCUCUGGGGAGCAGCGGAGCUAUGGACCUCUGUUCCUUCAGAGGAAGAUGAAUAUCAGCAAUCACGCCUUCUCCGAAGGAGACUUCUCACUCACCAUAUCUGACCUGCAGCCAGCAGACCAGGGGCUGUAUUCCUGCCACCUCCACCAUCAUUACUGUGGUCUCCACGAGAGAAGAGUAUUUCAGGUCACAGUGGAGCCUUCGCUGGUUAAGCCAACAAUGCCGGCUAAAUCACUGCCCAGCGAAGACAAGGAGACAGCUAAGGCUGAAUCACCGCGAGUCAUCACCGUCAUCUUGCCUGAGCAAAGGCACCACUUUCUCCUGCCUCUGGGCUACGUCCUCACCUCCUUCCUGCUCCUGGCAUUUGUUGUCCUCAUCAUCGUCGUCAUCGUACGACGACGCACGACCAAAGAAAUGUAUCCUCAGUCGUAUAUGGGGCCCAGCAGAAGUCAGAGCUGCUCAAAUGAGUUUGAGAUGGACGUUACUGAGGUGAAUGUGUGCAGCCCGGAGGAAAGAAGAUUCGACUACAAGAACAACCUGCUGAAAGAAAAAGCCCAUGUGAAAACUCAGCCAAAAUUCAUUGAUCUCGACAAAGAGAUGCAGAAGUUCUCUAAGUGAAAUAAAAGAAGUGGAACUGGAGUCACUGGCUGGUCCAGAGGCUGCGCUCCAAGCUAAACACCUCCAUACCGUCUUCUGUCCUGUCAGGAGAGAUGCCGCAGAGAGAAACGCAGUGUUGCAAAAAUCUGUGUUGUGACAUUCAGAAAAAGAACACUGAGGUUUUGUGUUGCCAAAUUGUAGAUAUUAGAUACAAACAGGACUGUGAAAAAGUAUAUGCCCCCUUCCUCAUUUCUUAGUUUGUUUGUGUAUUUGUCACACUUACAUGUUUUAGAUCAUCAAACAAAUUUUACUAUUAGACAAAGAUAAUCAGAGUAAAUACAAAAUCCAGUUUUCACAUGGUGAUUUCAUUUAUUAAUUGGUUUAAAAAAGAAAUAUCCAAAAAUGCUCUGGGAUUCCAGUGAGCCAGAGUGAGAGCCAUUAUCCACAAACGGAGAAAACUUGGACCAGUGCUGAACCUUACUAGGAGUGGCUGGCCCACUAAAAUUGCUCCAAGAGCACAUCGACAACUCAGGGCAACUCCAGGAGUUCACAAAAGAACCCAGAACAACAUUUAAAGAGCUGCAGACCUCACUUUUCUUAGUUAAGGUCAGAGUUCAUGAUUCAACAGUUGGGAAAAAAAUAAUAAGUCUGAGCAAAAAUGGCAUCCGUGGGAGAGCUCCAAGGAGAAAACCACAGCUGACUGAACACAACACAAAGUCUCAUCUCACAUUUGGAAAGUAUUCUGUGGACAAAGGCUGAACUUUUUGGAAGGUUUCAGUCCCGUUACAUGUUGUGUAAAUCUAAAACAGCAUUUCAUAAAGAGAACAUGGUGGUGGCAGUGUUGGCUAAUCGAUGGAACAAUUAAUUCUGUUCUCUACCUAAAAAUCCCGUCUGAUCGUCAGUUCGUGUUUUCGCAACAGGACAAUGGUCCAAAACACACCAGCAAGGCCACCUCUGAAAUGUUUAAAAAAGUGUUUUGGAGUGGCCUAGUCAAAGUCGGGACUUGAAUCGGAUUGAGAUGCGUGGGCCAAAAUUCCUCCACACUGGUGUCAAAGACUCAUCGACAAUGAUCACAACCACUUGAUUGUGAAACUUGAUUGCCUAAUAACUGGUUGUGACACAAUGAGGGUGAAUACUUUUUCACACAGGGCUGGCUUGGAUCACUUUUUUCCCCUUAAUAAAUAAAAUCAUCAUUUAAAAAUUCAGGUUAUCUUUGUUUGAUGAUCUGAAACAUAUAGCUGUGACAAAUAUGCAAAACAAUCCUAAGAAAUGAGGAAGAGGGAAAAUUCUUUUUCACUGCACUAAGAUUGACCUGACUGCGAAAGGAAGGAGAAAUGUGUGCACAGAUCGCACAUAACUGACUCACUUCUGAGUUGGUUAAGAUAAAGUUCCAGCCUGAAUCAUUAUUCCUUUAGUUAGAAAGUUUUUAUGCUGAUUUUGCUUUUUCUUUUCCUCCCAUAAGCGCCACUGAAGUGUUACCAUAACUCUGCACUGCGUCCAGUAGCUGCUGACUAACUGUAUGCUCACUCACCACCAAGCAGAAUAUGUGAAACGUUCUGUUUUGUAUCCACGCUCUGAUGCAGAUAUUUUUUAUUGUACACUUGCUUAGUGGGCAUCAUCCUGCUUCUUUUUUCCUCUGUGAAUGUAGGAGGCGUGUUUCACAGCAGUUUCUCUUACCCUUUGUUGGACUAGUUAAUGAAGAUUUAGUCAUGUUAUAACCAGUAUAGCAACCGUCUCACACAACUUCAAACAACGCAGUUAAAUCAAAAUACAAACCAGUUGGUUAAACAACGCUGUUGUAAAUUCUCUGCUGUCACUGCUGCUGUUACUGUGUGAAAUCAAAAUAUUGCAUUCAGCCAAGUGGCUCCUGGUACUUACAGGCAGGCGUUUUUAUUACAGUUAAAACCACAAAAAAAUCUGGAAGGUGAAAUUUUAUUGUUUCCACUCUGUGUGAGAAUAGAUGUUUACCUCACUUUCUAUUUUUGGGCUUCAUCUUCGUUCAUCCCACAAGUAGUGCCCAUUGUGGAAAAGGAAGUUAGAGAGCAGAAGUUCUUAGCCAUUUAAAAACUCCUGGGUUUCUGCUUUCACUCGUCUGAGCAGAUCUUGUACCCCGGUUUUAUUAUUAUUAUUGUAAUAUUCUGAUGUUGCUUGCUGUAUUUGUAUUUGACGGCAUCAACUUGAUUUCUCUCGUGUGUUGUGCGCCCCCUAGCUUAGUCUGCAUUAACUACUACAAAGUAAAAUCCCAGCAUUGCAGUGUCUAAGACAUAAAGGAGGACACCAUCCUACUUGCAGUACUCUGUGUGAAUAACACUCCACUCUUAAAGAAAAAAAGAUUGCUGUUACAUCUGCUGUGGCUUUUGCUUUUCUCAGUUAGCCAUGCUUGAUACUAAUUUAACUACCUAUUGUGUUGUACUGUACUGCUAAUCCAGUAAAAAUGAAAAACAAAAGA